AAUAGUUUAUUUAUUUAUUUUCACCUAGAUGCACACCCAGCAGGAUGUGGAACAAAUUUUUGUUGUUCUGCACUGCGCAGAACAUUAUAAGUCUCACAGCCUGCCCUGCUUCCCACCCACUAUUGCUGCCCUUCGGUUUCCCAGAUCAUUGUGUAAACCCAGUGGGCCUCACCCCAUUGAGAACCUCUGGAUACAUUUGUAAAAAUUAGUGUAAAUGUAGUAGAGAAUAUAUUUGUUAAAUUUAUUUAAUUGUUACUAGUAUUUUGCUUGAGAUUUAAGACAUUUAUUUCAGAGUAAAGCUCCUUGGUUUCUUGCAAGUGCAGAGAUAAUUUCAAAGGCUGGAGACUGCCUCUUUAAAAAUGUCACAAGGAGGGCUGUGACUAUGUGCUUGAUAAGUAUAAAUGCAGUAUGUUUUAGUUUACAUAAGAAAUUAUUUUCAUACUUUCAUUGAAGGAAAAUUUAGAGGAAGAUGUGGCAUUAGAAUUGGUUCUUUAGACAUAAUUAAGCUCUCAGUAGACUGAAGGGAAGACCGUUUUAGAUGGGGAGGAAGCCAUGGGAAUGUUAAUGUACAAAUUGGGGGACUCUUGAGUAGACUGGUCCAGACUGGUAGAGUAUAGUUAAGCACUAGGAUUUUAGGAAUGUGUUGAGAGAUAAGAUUGGAAAAGUAGUACAACUGGUUUACUGAGGAAUCUGAAAGAGAUAGGUAAAUCGAUAUCUAUCACUCAGAAGCCCAGGACUGAAACUAUGUGGCAUCAAGUAGGAGCUGUUGAUUCAAAUUAUCAGAGUGGAUGAAUUCUAGGAAGGAAAAUAAAGACUUGAGGACUGAACCUUGGGGAACAUGAAAGCUGAGUAAGAUGUUAAUAACCAGUGUUUGCUUAGUGGUUUUCCAUUGACAAAGCAUGGCACAGAUGUAGGAGCCAUCAAGUCAGAUGAUAAAAGUUUCUUCCAUUUUGUCUAUACUAGUGAGUCAUAAUGCCUUUACAGUGCUACUCUCUUUUAAAUAGAUACUUUAUCUGCUAUCCAUUACAUUUUGGCCAGCUAUUGGUCAACUUCUGCAUUAACUAGUACAACAGUAACUAGUCUGAAUUUUUAAAUCUGCUCCCUUCAUUAGUUUUUAUAUUCAUUUUUAAAUUGGUAAGAUUUAAAAUUUAACAGCAAUACAUUUACAAAGUAUACCUUAAAGUGGUACUUUGGAGAAGAUGAUGUAGUGGCUAAUGCCCUAUUUGAGAAUUAUUGUACUUUGUCCUAGGAAUACAACAAAAGAAGCCCUGGUGGUGCAGUGGUUAAGCACUUGGCUGCUAACCAAAAGAUGUAAAAGAAAGAUCAGGAGCAGAUUUGAAGAAAUUCAGAGUGAAUUGGUGCCAGUCAGCAUGUCAGAGACAGAGCACGUAGCCUCCAUUUCCUCUGAUAAAAACACUGGGAAAACAUCUGAAUUCAAGGAAGACUCAUGCAGUUCGUUUUCUGAUGAUGAAAGCAGCAGCUUAGAAAAUGAGUCAAAACAAUUGUCACCAAGCUUUGAUAAAACUUUAUGUCAACCUAAUGUACACAAUAAUCAAACUGAAGCACAGGAAAAUUCUAUUCCAGAUCAUGGUGGAGGGGAGGAUUCUUGUGCUAAAACAGACAUAUGCCCUGAAAAUUCUGAACAAAUAGCUAAUUUUCCUGGUGGAGAUUUUGCAAAGCAAGUUUCAAAAACAAAUGAUACAGAGCAGACAGUAACACAAAUACUGGCGGAAUUAAGGUCAUCUACACUUACAGAAGCAGCUUAUCAAAAGACUUAUGCAGAAAGUCCUUAUGAUACAGACUGCACCAAGAAACUUAUUUCAAAAAUAAAGAAUGUUUCAGCAUCAGAGGAUUUGUUGGAAGAAAUUGAAUCUGAGCUCUUAUCUACAGAGUUUGCAGAUGAACGCCAAGUACCGAAUGGAAUGAAUAAGGGGGAGCAUGCAUUAAUUAUGUUUGAAAAAUGUGUACAAGAUAAGUAUUUGCAGCAGGAACAUACCAUAAAGAAAUUAAUUAAAGAAAAUAAGAAGCAUCAAGAGCUCAUUUUAGACAUUUGCUCAGAAAAAGACAAUUUAAGAGAAGAACUAAAGAAAAGAACAGAAACAGAGAAGCAGCAUAUGAGCAUAAUUAAACAGUUGGAAUCAAAAAUAGAGGAACUUAAUAACGAAGUUAAAGCUUCCAAAGAUAAACUAGUAGCUCAAGAUAUUGCAGCUAAAAAUGCAAUUCAGCAGUUGCACAAAGAGAUGGCCCAUCGAAUGGAACAGGCCAGCAAAAAAUGUGAAGAGGCACGCCAGGAAAAAGAAGCAAUGGUAAUGAAGUAUGUAAGAGGUGAGAAGGAAUCUUUAGACCUUCGAAAGGAAAAAGAGAUACUUGAGAGAAAACUUAGAGAUGCAAAUAAGGAAUUUGAGAAAAACACUAACAAAAUUAAACAGCUUUCUCAGGAGAAAGGAAGGUUGCACCAGCUGUAUGAAACAAAGGAAGGUGAAACAUCUAGACUCAGCAGAGAGAUAGACAAAUUAAAGGAAGAUGUCAACUCUCACAUCAUUAAAGUAAAAUGGGCACAAAACAAAUUAAAAGCUGAAAUGGAUUCACACAAGGAAACCAAAGAUAGACUCAGAGAAACAACAACAAAGUUAACUCAAGCAAAGGAAGAAGCAGAUCAGAUACGAAAAAACUGUCAGGACAUGAUAAAAACAUAUCAGGAAUCAGAAGAAAUUAAAUCAAAUGAGCUUGGUGCAAAGCUCAGAGUUACAAAAGGAGAACUUGAAAAACAAAUGCAAGAAAAGUCUGACCAACUAGAGAUGCAUCAUGCCAAAAUAAAGGAACUGGAAGAUCUGAAGAGGACAUUUAAGGAGGGCAUGGAUGAGCUACGAACAUUGAGAACAAAGGUGAAAUGUCUAGAAGACGAACGAUUAAGAACAGAAGAUGAAUUAUCGAAAUAUAAGGAAAUUAUUAAUCGCCAGAAAGCUGAAAUUCAGAACUUACUGGACAAAUUGAAAGUUGCAGAUCAGAUUCAGGAGCAGUUUCAAAGAGGUAAACAAGAAAUUGAAAAUUUAAAAGAAGAAGUGGAAAGUCUUAAUUCUUUGAUUAAUGACCUACAAAAAGACAUCGAAGGGAGCAGGAAAAGAGAAUCUGAGCUACUACUAUUUACAGAAAAGCUCACUAGUAAGAAUGCACAGCUUCAGUCUGAAUCCAAUUCUUUGCAGUCACAAUUUGAUAAGCUUUCCUGUAGUGAAAGUCAGUUACAAAGCCAAUGUGAACAAAUGAAACAGACAAAUAUUAAUUUGGAAAGUAGAUUGUUGAAAGAGGAAGAACUUCGAAAAGAGGAAGUCCAGAGUUUACAAGCUGAACUCACUUGUAGACAAACAGAAGUUAAAACACUGAAUACCCAGGUAGAAGAACUAAAAGAUGAAUUAAUAACUCAAAGACGUAAACAUGCUUCUAGCAUCAAAGAUCUUACCAAACAACUUCAGCAAGCGCGAAGAAAAUUAGAUCAUGUUGAAAAUGGAAGCUAUGAUAAAGAAGUCAGCAGCAUGGGAAGUCGUUCUAGUUCAUCAGGGUCUCUUAAUGCUCGAAGCAGUGUAGAAGAUCGAUCUCCAGAAAUUACUGGAUCUUCAGUAACUGUGGAUAACUUUCCAGAAGUAGACAAGGCCAUGUUGAUUGAGAGGAUAGUAAGGCUGCAAAAAGCACAUGCUCGGAAAAAUGAAAAGAUAGAAUUUAUGGAGGACCACAUAAAACAAUUGGUGGAAGAAAUUAGGAAAAAAACAAAAAUAAUCCAGAGUUACAUCUUACGGGAAGAAUCGGGCACACUUUCUUCAGAGGCAUCUGACUUUAACAAAGUCCAUUUAAGUCGACGGGGCGGCAUCAUGGCUUCUUUGUAUACGUCUCACCCAGCCGAUAGUGGAUUAACAUUGGAACUCUCUUUGGAGAUCAACCGAAAAUUACAGGCUGUUUUGGAGGAUACAUUACUGAAAAAUAUUACUUUGAAGGAAAAUCUACAAACCCUUGGAACAGAAAUCGAACGUCUUAUUAAACACCAGCAUGACCUAGAACAGAGGAAAAGGAGAACCUAACACAAAGCACUUCUCAGUAAACAGACAAAAGCUGCAUGAGGAGCAGGGGCCGCUGACCAGUUUUGUUGGAAACUUUCCUGCUUUGUGUGUCAGCCAGUAAAAAUUGUUUUGCUUCAUCUGCACAAAAAGUAGCCUUUUACAAUAUGAAUGCAUUGCCGUGUAUACUGUAAGAGUGUAAGCUUUGAUGAAAUUUGUUUUUGUCUGGUAUAAUACAAGAGCCUGUUAUUAAAUCAAAGUAAUUUAAUUUGCUAGGAUCAUAUGAAGUGCUGAACAAGGGCGUUAAAAAACCCCUACUCCAUAUUUCUUCUCUUUAAAAUACAUAAUGUCAAAAUGAUUCAGCUUUUUAAAAUUAUGCAUGAAAAGGGAGGUGUUGAUCAUUCCCCAAUAUGCUACUUUUCCAGCGUCAAGAAAACAAAUGAUGAAAAUGUUCAUGUUCUGAAAUUCCAGUUAUAACAUUUGGUUGUGUUUCAGGGAUCAUAUUAGUGCUUAAAUUUUUGUUUUAAUUUUAAUUUUUUUGUUUAAUUUGAAUGGAAGCUAAACUUAAUAGGAAAGCUAGGUAACUAGCCAUGAUCCAGCAGCGCUGUGCCUCUGCCAGGUACUGUGUUAGGUAUGCUCUUUUUAAUAUUUCUGAUUCAUAGUUUAAAACAUUGUUUUCAGAUUUGGAUUGUUUAGUUAAUAGUUGAAUUUUUAAAAUCUUUAGUUACAUAAAAUAUGAUUUUACAUAACAUGUUCAUUUAGAAAAUUCCCGUGGACUUUGGUUAUAUUUUAAAAUGGGAAAUAGAUCCAAUCAUUAGAACAGAGAUGAAUAGUGAACUCUUUGAAACUGAAAUAAACUGUAAAGAUAAAUAAUAAUCAUGUUUAAGAUGUCUAUAAAGAGCCAGUUCCCAAAAGAAACCAACAUGUAUGAGACUGUUAACCGUUUCAUUUGAACACCAUUCUUUACUAUUGAUAUAAUUACAUAUUAGAGAGCAGUUAUUAUACAAUUCCUGAGAUAAUGAUUAUGGUCUGGUAUUUUUAUUUAAAACACAGAAUACUUAAAUCUCUGUAACUAAAGGAAUUUUAGAGCCAAAUUUAUGUAUCCUGUUACAUUUUUACAAUAUUCAUUUAAGAUGCGCACUUACAUGUUGCCAGACAUAGUAUCAAUAUUUCUGGUGUUCCAUUUGGUUCACUUCUUGUAAUCUCUCACCCACCGGGAUUUCUGUGUGUGGUUUUUCACAUUUUGUUAUUUUCAGCUCAUUUCUAUAAUAGGACACCUUUGCCUAUGUGCAGAUGUUACAGCAAUCCUCACUUUUGCUUGGGGUUUUUGUAUUUUUCGUCCCCUUCAGAGAAGUAAACUUUGGGGUGACAGAUUUUAGACUUCACAGAAUUACUUGUACUCUAAAAGUUGGGCUUAUGGUGGUGAUAGUCCUUUAAUGUGUUUUAGCAUUGUUUUAAUCAACAUUAUUUUAAAAGAUAACAUAUUUACUAAGGAUUAGAUGAUGAUUUAGUGUCUUCUUUUUUCUGUGUAUUGAAUUGUAUCUUGUCAUCCAAAACAAAUCAUUUUUUUCACUUCAGAAUGAAAAUAGAAGUUCAAAGCAGUUUUAUUUUUUAAAUAGUUGAAAAGUAUUAGUCUUAACAUAAUCUGGCUUGCUUUUUUUUUUUUUUAAACCAAUAAUAACUUAUCAAAAUGAAGAAAAGAGGGUGAGUGCAAUCAAAUGUGAAUUAUUUUCUCUUUGUUUCUAGGCACACGGUUGACACUCCGAAAGCCUACUUAGAGCAGCCACCGUAACUACUUUCUCUGGCUUCUUGCGUGAUAUGGAUCCAUAAUAUUUGUGUUUUCUCCAAGACACAUAUAUAAUGGAUACCAGAUAGUGGUCAGAUCCAUAGUGUCCUUUGUCUGUACAUUUUAAAAAAUACAUACAUAAUAGACAAAAAUAAAACAUUCCAGUAUUAACAUUUUUGCCACCAUCCACUUAGAGAAGUAGAAGGCAGUACAAUUUUAGAAGCCAUUUUAAACCAUAUUUGGCUGUAUUGUUACUUUUCUCCCAUAAAUAUAAGAAACUAUUUUAUUUUCCUUUUGUUCUUCUGGAGUGCUGGUAGUGCAGUAGGUAAGACAUACAGCUGCUAAACAAAAGGUUGGUGGUUCAAAAACAACCAACCCUAUGGGGCUGUUCUCCUCUGUCCUAUGGGGUCGCUAUGAGUUGGAAUCGACUCGACAGCAAUGGGUUUUUUUGUUCUUCUGUAUCUACUGUAUCGGUUUGUAUAUGGAUUAAUCAGGAAGGAAUAUGUAUGUAUGGGAAGGAAUGUGUAUGUAUCAGUGAUAUUUAUACCAAUUUACAAGCAGCUCCUGAUACAAGGAUUUAGAGUGCCUUCUACCUCCUACUAUACUGAGUAUAUGAAGAGAUGAAUGGAAUAUCUGGGAAAGGAAAAUGGUCUGGAUAAACCCGAGACAUGGGGGGUGUUUAUUUUAUAUGUUCACUGUUUUCUUUAGUACACAUCAAAGACUAUGUUGGUUAGGUAGCAAUAUUUUGGCUUCUUUGGGCAGGAAAUGAUUUAUUUUUUGUGUAUAUGUGUACACUCCACUAGGUUUUAAAGUGGACACUUAACUGUGACUACCUUUUUUCCCAUACCACUUCCAACUUUAGCCUGCUAAGUUUUAAGGAUUUGAAACGGUGCAUUUGGAAUGAGUUUGAACUUUUUUUUUUUUUUUUAACUUUUUGUCUUCAUAACAAUUUAAAGCGAUUUUAUGAUAAUUUCUGAUCCCUAAUUAUAUGCAGUUUGGAAUAUCAGUUCAUUUACAGGAUCAUUCAGCUUUGAAUAUUCUAAAUGCAUAAUAUCUUUCAGACCAACGUGUCUCAUUUUUAGCUAUUAACCAAUUAAUAAAAUCCAUUAAAUAGCUUCAAAAACUUGCCUCUGUAGAAGUCUUUCCAAUCAAAAUUGGCUUGAAAUUAAAUUUUAUCAGGCUACCACAUUAUUUAUUCAUUUAUUGAACACCUACUAUUGCCAGGUACCAUACAGUGUUAUUAUAUUGGUGAAUAGAUCAGACAGGGGAGUCUCUGCCCUCAUGGAGCUUAUGGUCUAGUUAAAAUAGUUGCAGGGCAAUAGGAUCAGGUCUUCAGGCCUCUGCAGCUCACAGCCAGCCUCUUGUAACCGGGCUGGAAAGAGGGUUAACCCACUUGUGCAAGCUGAUGACCCAGAAAUCCCACUUGGGCAUGAUGCUCUGAGAGCUGACUGCUGUUUUCAUUGUGGUUCUUCACAUUUCCUAACUUUUGUCAGUUUGAUGUUUACUCUUUAAGGAAAAAAAUCCAAAGACCAUAAAAUGACAUUUGAUUUUUGCCAUUUUAGUAAAUUAUUGCCACUUUCGAUGCUUAUGAAGACGAGUCUAAUCCUGUUGUCGUGCAUGUUUCUAAACUUGGUUUUGAAGCAUAUUAUUUUCUAAAGAUUUUUACCUGUAAAUUUAGACCAAGACUUACCAGUAGGAGAAAAAAAAUCAGAAACCAUUGAUACUGUAAAUGUUAUAUAUGCCACCCUGAUAUUUUUUAUAUAAAUCAUGUUAUCAUGCAGUAUGCUGAAUUUUGCCUAAUGAAUGUUGACUCCAGUAUAUUUUUCAAUAACCUUUUUUUUUUUAAACAAAACAAUUUUUUUUUGACCCUAA